AUGGCGCAUUCAAACACGAGACCCAGAUGUUCCUCGUGGAUUUGGGGCGAAGAGAAGAUCUUGUUCUAUAGUAGACCGGGUUCGCACUACAUCUCUUGGCACCAAUCGUACGGCAAAGUGGUCAAGUUCUUUGGUCCCUUUGGGCAACCCAUGCUAUCUAUUACGGAUCCGAGCGCUGUGUCAUUUAUCCUCGGUAAAGGGACAUACUUAUUUCCAAAGCCUAGCGGUGUUCGCGCCUGGUUUUCGACUCUGCUCGGCGAAGGCAUAUUGUGGGUUGAAGGUAAAGAUGCUCACGAACGACAGCGACGAACACUCGGCCCUGCUUUAUCACAGCAAUCUGCGAAGAACAUGACAAACAUCUUCUACGAGAAUGCACAUAGACUGGUGGGACAAUGGUCUGGUAUCAUCGAAAGGACUUCAGACCGUUCCGAAACAAUUGACGUUACGGGCUGGUGCGGCCGACUCGCGCUAGACACAAUCGGUCGCGCUGCAUUCUCAUGGGACUUCGGGUGCCUCCGUGAGGAUAUUCAUACCAGCACGCUGGCAGAGACGAUGGAUAGCCUGACGAACCACGAGCACUCACGCGCCUCGUUUUACAUGCGUGCGCUCUUCUGGGUGUUUCCGUCUGUGUUACACCUGGGUAAGAAAGGGAAGACCAUACGCAGGAUACGCAAGGAACUCGGCGACAUAGCCAGAUGCAUUCUAAAUGACGCCAAGGAGGUCAAAGAUGAUAGCAGCAAGACGGUGAUGUCACUCAUGAUGCGCGCUGACAAAAACACCGCCUUUGAGGACGAAGAAGUAGCCGCUCAGAUGCGGACGAUAAUCUCGGCGGGUUACGAACCCGUCUCGGCUGCAAUGACGUGGCUUCUAUAUGAGAUUUCAACCAACAUCGAAUGGCAAGAAAGGCUACGCCAAGAGGUGUCCGCUUGUAUCGAACCUUCGGCAGAUGAACUAAGUAGUUUGCCUCUCCUCGACGCAUUUCUCCUUGAGACAUUGCGGUGCCACCCUCCGGUGCUUGAAAAUCAUCACGAAGCUUCAGAAACCAUUGCCGUCCCAGUCACAGAACCACUUCCGGGAAUUGGCUCACGUCAUCUCAUUGUACCCAAAGGUACCAUCCUCGAAAUGCCGGUAAAUGUCAUUCACAAAGACCCUGCGAUUUGGGGCGACGACGCCGACGUAUUUCGACCCGAACGAUGGCUUCAAGAUAAGUCUAGGAAACUCACUGUGCGGGACCUUCUUGCAUUCAGUUCAGGCCCACGAGCUUGUUUAGGUCGAAGCUUUGCACUCGCUGAGAUGAAAGCUCUUGCUUUGACCCUUCUGCAAAACUUUGCGUUCUCUUGUGAAGAGGACAUUGAACCGUUUCAAAGUUUUGUUAUACGACCUCGGGUCAAAGGACAAGGGAUAAGUUCCCUCCCUCUGGUAGUGCAAGCGUUGCGUCGGUAA